AUGAACGAUCCGUGCAAGUACGCGACCCUCUUCGUCAACCUCAUGCAGCUUCCUUCUCUCAGGACCCUUUCCUACGUCUUCUGCACCACGGGCAGCGAGCCCGACACUCCACUCGACGCCAUCACCGCAGCUACCCCGACCUCACCACGCUCGCGCUCACGCUCCUGCGCUCUGGCCGAACGCGCGGACCUCCGGGCGAUCGCGAACGCGUGGCCCGCGCUCGUCGAACUGCGCGUCGAGAUCGAAGACGAUGACGAAGAGGUGGAGAGCGAGGACGAAGCCAAGCCGGGGCUUGAGGUGCUUGCGGAGCUCGCGCGCGGGUGCCCCGAUCUCCGUGUGUUGCACCUCCCGCGGACGGUGCUGGCCCUGGGGGCGUUAGACGCCGCGGGGGUGGGAUUGGCCGCGCACCGCGCCCUUUAUGACCUCUGUCUGGGGGUGGUUGAGGGUGCUGUUCCCAAAUGCUGA